ACCGGCGUUGAACGCGGUGACAGUGGAUCGUGACUUUAAAACGUCGCGUUUUGCUGGCCAAUUCGAACCACCACCUUCAUACCUGCCACCGCUAGCAAGAACGUCCCUCAAUCAUGCUGCCGACAACCACAUUAUCCCCUCAAAUUCCCUACGAUGUAUUGAUCCAGAUAUGCGAGCAACUUGGAAAUGACAAAAAGACUCUAAAAUCGUUGUCGACAACCGCGUCAUUUUAUCGGUCCCCAGCGCAGCGAUCUCUCUUUCGUCGAAUUGACAUUGGCUCUUCACGGUAUCUCCGUGGAUUUGAAAGAACUGUCAAGUCCAAAUCUACAUCCAUUGGUUCGUUUGUCCGAGAGUUGGUUCUCGUCGGCCUAAAGCCUGGAGACCCGUGGCUCGAGGACUUCGUCACCCUUGGUAACGUCCUCGAUCAGGUCCGCACCGUCGAGCUUUCGAUAGCAGAUAUGCUUACCAUUAUGCCGAAACUUGGAGACUGGGUCUCGCAGCAUGUUGUUGGGCACUUCCCUAGACUUGGCACGAUGAAGAUCACGACUCCAAAUCUUCUUCCGACAUCUCAAAUCUGCGAUCUCCUCUCCGCGUUCCCCCAGCUGAAGCAUCUACAUGUCUCUGCCGGCUUGUUGUCCGACGACUCCUAUCCGGCAUUUACCUCGAAAUUCACACACAAUCUCAAGUCUCUAUCUCUCAAGGGUUACAAUGCCAAAGAAUCGAAGGACGACCCUUUGCACCAACUUGAAUGGAUCAUGAAGCAUUCGAAAAACCAUGGACUGCAAAAUGUCACCUUUGAUCUCUUCGAUGUCGACAUGCGGCUCUGCUCGAAAGUCGCCAACAUCUGUGUUGUCAACCCCCAGAAGACCAGGAUUAUUUUGGAUGCUCGUUCUUCAACUGCACCCAUCUUUCAGACCGGCGGUGUCUCAAGGUGUAAUAGGACCAUACGUCUGUGCCUCCUCGACCGGCACUGUAUCUUAGACCUGGCCAGGAUGACCUGCUUCGGACUCUAGAUGAGUACCUGACGAGUAGACAGGCACUAUUUCCUAGGUUGGCCAAGGUCGUCGUCCUGCCAAGAUGCAAUACGCAAGAGAAUAAGAAGGCAUUGGCUGAAUCUUUGGUUGGUUGCGCAGAACGGGGAUUACUGGUCGUCACUGAAGGGGUCUACAGUGGACCUGUCAUUUGGAAGAAGAGAAUGAUGUGAUGUGUUCAUUGUCUCUGUAGUCUUCAUAGUUUACGUGGUCAACUUCGCCUCAUUGUAUGGCUGCUUCAAUGUACCUUCGUUUAAUGUCUUCUGUCCAAGUACUGCAUGCUGCUUGCGUGUUCCAACAUUUCCCUGA